GACCUUUCUUCAAUAUCGUUUAUUAUCUUUCUCUCUCUCUCUCUCUCUCUCUUUUCAUGUUCUAACUCCUCUUGUGCUAUAUAAAGAAGUAGAAAAGUCACCACAGUGUUUAUCACUGUUUCCACUUUCUCCAAAAAUGGGAAGAUCACCAUGCUGUGACAAGGUGGGUUUAAAGAAGGGACCGUGGACGCCAGAGGAAGAUCAGAAGCUCUUGGCUUAUAUUGAAGAACAUGGCCAUGGAAGCUGGCGUGCUUUGCCAGCAAAAGCUGGACUUCAGAGGUGUGGCAAAAGUUGCAGGUUGAGAUGGACUAAUUAUCUAAGGCCUGAUAUUAAGAGGGGAAAGUUCAGCAUGCAAGAGGAGCAAACCAUCAUUCAACUCCAUGCACUAUUAGGGAACAGGUGGUCUUCAAUAGCUACACAUUUGCCAAAGAGAACAGAUAAUGAGAUCAAGAACUACUGGAACACUCAUCUUAAGAAAAGGUUAGACAAAAUGGGCAUUGACCCUGUGACCCACAAGCCCAAGAACGAUGCCCUUCUCUCCACCGAGGGCCCUUCCAAGAUUGCUGCCAACAUCAGCCACAUGGCUCAGUGGGAGAGUGCCAGGCUCGAAGCAGAAGCAAGAUUGGCCAGAGAAUCAAAACUACGUAGUUCUUCACACUCAUCAUCAUCAUCAUUACACCACACCCUAAUUGGCACUUCUGCAUCAUCAUCAUCAUCACUUUCUCUUGAUCAUGCUUGGAAAAAUGGUGGUAGUACUAUUACUAUAACUGUUAAUGCAACUAGGGUUAGUGACCUUGAGUCCCCCACGUCUACCUUAUCUGAGAACAAUGUGCCACCAAUUAAUAAUAUUACUAGUACUGUGAUUGAGUUUGUGGGUUCUUCAGAGAGAAGGACGGUGAAGGAAGAGGGAGAUCAAGAGUGGAACAAAUUAGGUUAUCAUGAAAGCUCCACCCAUUUGGGAGAGUACAAAGAUGGCAUGGAGAACUCAAUGCCUUUCACGUCUAGUCUACAUGAGUUGACAAUGACCAUGGCAACCACGUGGGGUUCUAGUACUAGUAGUGCACAUGAACACGCACAUGUUGCUGAGGAGGGUUGUUUCACCAAUCUUUUGCUGAAUACUAACUCUGGCGGCCACCUGAGUUUGUCACCCGAGGACGGUGGAGAGUCUAAUUAUUGUCACAAUAAUGCUGGUAGUAGUGACGCUGGUAGUGGUAACAACGGUGACUUGUACCAAGAGAACAAGAAUUAUUGGAAUAACAUUCUUAAUUUGAUGAAUUAUUCUUCCCCUUCGGAUUCACCAAUGUUCUGAUUGGAAGAUGCUAUAAAUAUGUGGGGCUUGUUUACAAUUUACAUAAGAGGGAAAUAAAUACAAAAUUUCAACGUUACGAAGAAGACCGGAGGGAGGGUCCAUUCUUGUUGGAAGUGUGUGAAGUGCUGCAUCUCCAUCAAACUUAAUCAAAGGUCAUUGAUUUUCUUCAGAGUGUUGUCAUAAGAAUUAGCGAGCAUAGACAAGGGCAAAUGUUAAUUGCAACAGUAUGGUUUUUAUUUUUGUCAAUGCUUUCACAUUGAAAAUUAAAUGUGUGUCGUUACGUGCAUCAAUCAAAUGUUCAUAUUAUUAAUUUGUUUUGUAUUUGACUUGAUUUUUACGUUUGUUUCCUUGUUGAGGAUAUGUUUAUGUAGACACUGAUGAUGAUAAUGGAUGAUAGAGUAGUGCGUGAGUUGAGUGACUUUUUACUCUUUAGUAAUUACCCUUUGUGUCAAAUUGUAUACAAGAAAUAUCCAAUAAUAGAAGUAUUUAGUAUGGACUUU